AUGGGCGGCGGCGGAAGCAGCAACUACAGGUCUCACGCCGACCAAGAGCGUGCCCGCUUCGAGCGCGAGCAACGUAUCCGACUCAGAAACGAACAAAAGCGCCAAGAAAGAGAGAAAAAGCAGCGAGAGAAAGCUGAGCGCGAAGCAUGGCUUAGAGGUCACAGGAUUAGGAAGGAAGAGAUGACGUGGUGGAAUGCGGCGUGGUUUCCGCUGUAUGCGUGGUUGAAGGAGAGGAGUGCGUGGGAGAGGGAGGUGAAAAGGAGGAAGGGGCAAGGAUAUCAUAGGGUAGAUGAUAUCGUGUUGAAGGAUCAUGAUGAUUGA